AUGAGUACCUCGGGCAAAGCCAGUGACCAGGUAUUCCUGAUCUGGGGAGGCAAUAGCUGGAUAGCCGGACAACUCAUCCAGCUCCUCCGCGAUCAAGGAAAGCAGGUUGUAUCAACAACGGUCCGAAUGGAAAACCGCGAAGCUGUUGAGAAAGAGCUCGACCAAGUCCGGCCCACGCACGUAUUGAAUUGUGCCGGCUACACCGGAGUGCCAAACGUCGACUGGUGCGAGGACAAUAAGGAGAAGACGAUCAGAUCCAAUGUCAUUGGAACCAUCAACCUAGUAGAUUGCUGUUUUGUCCGCGGGAUACAUGUGACUACUUUUUCCACUGCUUGCUUGUACGCAUACGAUGAGGCACAUCCGAUUGGAGGACCUGGCUUUCGAGAAACAGACCCGUCAAAUUUUGCUGGCAACUUCUACUCGGCAACAAAGUGGCACAUCGAAAAUGUCAUCAAGCACUACGGAAACUGCCUCAUCCUGCGUAUCCGCAUGCCGGUAUCAGAUGACCUUCAUCCCCGUAGCGUUGUGACGAAAAUCACGCAAUACGACCGUGUGGUCAACGUGCCCAACUCGCACUCUGUGCUCCAUGAACUCCUUCCUGCAGCUAUCAUCCUAACCGAGCACAACGAGAAGGGUGUUUUCAACUUUGUCAAUCCCGGUGCUAUAUCGCAUAAUGAGGUUCUCUCGCUGUUCAAGAAGCACGUACGGCCUAGUUUUACGUGGAAGAACUUUAGUGUCGAGGAACAGAACCAGGUGCUAAAGAGUGGGCGGAGCAAUUGUAUGCUGGAUACUACAAAGGUGCAGGAUACGUUGAGGAAAUACGAAUAUGAGAUCCCGGAAGUGCAUGUGGCGUGUGAGCAGGCUUUCAUCCGGAUGGCUAGUAAUGGUGUUCAUUAG